AUGGUCGAUAUCACCAACAGGAUCGAAGAAGCCGAGCGCCUCAAAUCUCUGAACCCUUUGAGCUGCGAAGUAAAAUUCACAGAGAUAAAUGACCCAGCUCGAAGACUAUCAGAAGUAAUUCUAGAUAAUUACCGAGUACUGCGUCGCAUCAUUGACUGCAUAGAGGAAGCUCUUCGGCGACGGUGGACCAAAAAAUCAAACGCGCAGCGACGUAAAAUAUUGCAGGAUUGUGAUAUUGAACUAUCUGAAACACAUCACGCAGACUACACACAACUUUUUCGAUGGCAGAUGAACCCUGACAAAGAUCCGACUUCUUCUAUGCAAUCGAACUCUGAAAUCCUGAGUCAUCGAAGUGAUUUUCUACAUCCACACCUGAACGUCGAAGAUCUCACUAAGGUGAAGUCUAUGCUCCUACUGAUCAAUUCUCGAGGUCGCAAUCCUUCUCAUCUCUAUGCGAACGCAGAUCUCAGGGUAUCAGACUUGGGUGUUGUCGGUGGUUUUUUAUCCUUAAAGUUUUUGAAGGAUCAUAAUUUACUGCUCGAAGGAGAAUCGGCGGAAACUUAUGGACGGCUAGUUAAGUGGACAGACAAAAAGAUGAAGGAAAGGAUCCUGGCAGGGUUCCAAUAUUUGCCAUAUGAGGGUUUACUGAUUCUUGAAAUCCAGUACACUCUUUAUUUGUUCCUUGUGAAUUGGUGUCAGGCGCUUCUCCAGGACAUUGAAAUUGCCACAAUAUGGAUGCUUCCUGUUGAACCAGAGCCACCGCUACUGGUGAAAACUUCCGAUAAUACAACGAUAGCUUCAAUAGCCAUGGAGACGCCAUAUCGAUUGCCCUCCGAGCUGGAUUUCAAUCGUCUGCGAGCUGUAGUCACUGCCAAGCGACUUAGUGCGGAAGAUUACAUCCACGAUUUGAGGGAGGACCCCGGUAUCUUCGCUGAUGCUAUGAUGGAAGCAAGUGACCAUAGACUAGAGAGAGUACUAGAUGAUGAGGGCAGAGCUGAUUCAUUUGUAAGCACGCCAGAAUUCUGGGAAGGUGUCACUCGGCCAAACAACUCGAGCGAGCGCCUAGCUAUGCUUCAGGGCAAAUAUUCCGCUUUUAUUCAUCCGGAAAGUUGUCUACCAGAAGAGUUUCUAAAGAAGUUGUUGAGCUUUAAGAGCGUGCUCAAAUUCAUACAAGCGGGAUCUAGGAGUAACUUGACUCAGGGACUUCCAGCUUCCUUGCCUUUUCGCGAUGAGUUACAUCGAGGAUCGGAAAUUUCUAGUUGCGGAGAAGUUACUCAAAGAUUUGGCAGAGGAUAUUCUAAGAGCGAAGAUCUUAUGAUUUAG